AACCCAGAGCAAAGUGUGUUGGCUGCAUAAAAUCUCUCCUCUGCCGCCACUAACCGAGUUGUUCCACCUGUUCGUUUUUCACCGAAGGCACGCUCUGUCACGUGGAACAUUAACUACCGGUGACGUCAUCACGAGUCCUCUAGUCGCAUAAGCCAUUUGCGUGGAGCACCGAAAAACAUGACCUCAGAAGUGUCCACUGUCAUUGAAGAUAACGUGGUGAAAACUCGUGUGACCAACGCCGUCGUUCCAGACGUCGACUUUGUAACCUUCUUCAGCGAUGUCUGGCAAAAACAUGCAGAUCAAAAGGCACUGGCCGACGUCAGAUUGGACAUGCGGUACACCUUCGGCGAGCUGUUGGACGCCUGUCGCCGGGUGGCUGCCGGCCUGCGGAGGCUUGGACUUCGCGAGGGUGACGUGGUUGCCUUCCACUGCGUUAACAGUUGCGAGCUAAUAGUGGCGAUGUGCGGGACAUUUUUUGGGGGUGGAAUCGCCAGUUUGAUCAAGACAAGCCUCAACGAAGGAGAAGCUCGUAACCAGUUAAUGCAAUGCCAGCCGAAGUUUGUUUUCUUUGACAUUGAAAACAAGAAGAAAAUUAUGAAUGCUUGCGAAGGCAUUGCUUCAGUGAAGGUGUUCUUUCUCACGAGUGGAGCCUGUGAAGGGGCACGGUGUCUAUCGGAACUAAAGCAAACUCAUCUCGAGGACCACGAAACCACCUUGAACCUUAGCGGAAGCACGGUGUUGGCGAUACUGUUCUCCAGUGGCUCUACGGGUUUGCCGAAAGGUGUGCUUCUGACUCACCGGAACCUCAUAAGCCACGUGGUGGCUCACUGGUACAUGAACGACCCUCCGGUGCUUGAAAGAGGCGACGUUUACCUCGCCAUACCGCCGAUCAUGCAUGUCGGUGGAUUCUGGUCAGCCUUUUGCUACCUGGGACUUGGCUGCGAAUUGGUACUCGUUCACACAUGGGACUUCAAUGUGAUCUUGCCUGCCAUCGAAAAAUACAGGCCUACAAUGCUGGCGCUACUUCCUACAUUCGUCCUGAAGUUGGAUCAGCACCCACUACUGGGCCAGGUGGACACGAGCAGCGUCAGAAAAGUGAUGAUUGGUGGGAGCGCACUUAGUUCGCCUCUGCUGCGAAGCGUCGCCAGGAAGCUUGGUUUGAGAGGAAUCACACAAAUGUUUGGAAUGACAGAGUUGGCCGGCUGCAUGACUAUGUCGUCGCCGCGAGGGGAUGACUUCAAGAGCCUCGGCAAGCCCGUGCCAUUCAUGGAAAUUAAAGUGGUUGAUAUGCUCACCAGAAAGGCUCUGGGACCUGAAGAGAAAGGAGAAAUUUGCAUCAAAGGCCCCUGCACUUUCCUGGGCUACCUGAACAAACCGAAAGAAACUGCUGACGCCUACGAAGAUGGCUUCCUUCGUACCGGUGAUAUUGGCUACUACUCAGCCGACGGCCGCCUCUUCGUGGGCAGCCGCUACAAGGAGCUGAUCAAGUGCAUGGACCAGCAGGUGCCGCCGGCCGAGAUUGAAGAGAUACUGGCCACCGAUUCUCAAGUGCAGCACGUGGUCGUGGUAGGAGUACCGCAUGCGCAGUACGGAGAAGCCGCCAGGGCAUUUGUUGUUCUGCGGCGCCGCCCGGAGGAACCCGUCGAAGAGCAGCGGGAAGCAGACAGACUCAAGGAACUUGUCGCUGGGCAGCUGUCCCACCACAAGCACCUCCAUGGGGGCAUAGAGUUCCUGGAGAGCAUCCCUCAUACCGGGAGCGGUAAAGAUCGGCGACAAGAUCUAAAGGAUUCUUACCUCCAUAAAUGCGGCCAAUCAGUGAAGAACGAGCUUGACUGAAAAAUCCCGCUGUCACUCGUAUAGAGCGUUUACUGCAUACACAGCGCCGAAGAAGCCUUCCCGGUACAGCAACGCACCAGCCAGCCCCCCCCCC